GGAUUUAGCGGUGUUCAGCCUAAACCGGGAUUGAACAACAACAUCCCUGAAGAAAUUUUGGUGUGUCUUCUAUGUGGAUUAUAGGCAAUGAGGAUGUUGUCUAGAAUGAGAGGAUUGUACCUUAUACCAUCAGUUUCCAAGCUGAAUGGUCUGACUGGUUCUCUGUACAGAAAUGGACUUUAUAAUGGAUAUCAGCAUCUACACAGUAUGAGCAGGACAGGCUCUGGUGACCACACAGUCAGAUGUACUAUUCCCAAAGAAAUAAAACCAUUGAACUGUUAUAAACAUGUCAGAUUUUACAGCGAUGAUAGGAAGCAAACUGCCUUAUCUGUGAUCAAAGAUUUGAAGCAUUUAAAAUCUUCCCCAUUUCCUGCCCUUGUUAUUGGUGGUUCAGGUCUGAUUCCAUUCAUUGCAGCACCUUUGUACAUGGGUAUGACGGGAAGUUUUAUAGCUAGUUUAGCUUACAGUCAAGUCGCUUAUGGUGCUGUAAUUUUAUCAUUUGUUGGUGCAGUGCGUUGGGGAAUGGCACUAUCAGAAGAUGGAAUUGUACGGCCAAACUGGGUUAAUCUUGGGUACAGCGUGACUCCUUCCUUAAUUGCUUGGGUGGCGUUGAUGAUGCCAACAACUUUAGCGCUAUCAACACUGAUCCUCGGUCUUGGUGGUGCUGCCUAUAUGGAUAUCAUGUUGUAUGGAUAUCCAUCAUGGUUUAAAGCAAUGAGGUUCCUACUCACAUUGACAGCAAUUCUAUCUCUGUGGACAACUUUAGUUUUUAAAUAUAUUCUGUCUGAUACAGCAAAAAAACGAAGAGCUGAGGCAAAGAAGGUAGAAAAAUACAAACAGACAAAAGAUGACAUAGAGAAGGCAGUGACUCAAGCAGUGUCAGAAAUAGAUCCAGUAGCUGAUCUUGUUUUGAGUGAAAGUAAACAGGCAGACUCAAAACCACAUACUACAACAAAUAAAACGAUGGGUAAAACUGGACAAGUAAACCCAGAAAUAGCAGUGAUGCAGGCAGUUUCAGAAAUAGACCCAGUAGCAGAUCUGGUUUUGGUUGGAAAUAAAGAGGUAGAUCUAAGUCAGAAAGCUGAUGCAGUUACAGGUAAAGACAUUAAAGGAGAAACUGGGAACUCAGAGAGAGCAGUAAUGCAAGCUGUCUCAGAGGUAGAUCCUGUAGCUGAUCUUAUUCUGGUUGGAAGUAAAGAGCCAGGUCCAAAACCUUAAACUGAUGAAAGUAAUGGGAAAAAAAUUACAUAAUCAAAUAAAACAGAAUAUAUCUGAAGAACAAACAGCAGAAAGCUAUACAAAAUUGGAUCCAGGAAGAUAAGAUAUAUCUACUACGCCUACUACUAUUAAGUUGUUGAUAAGGUUAUAAUGUCUGCUGAGUUUUAGGACAUGUUUCAAACUAAGAAUUGGGACUUACUUAUUUCCACAGCUUAACUGGCGUGGUAGAUUUAUCUUCUCACUAAUCUUAUUUAUAAAACUAAUAAUUAUUGGAAACAGUUAGUACCAGACUGCUACAGUGACAUCAUAUAAUAAUGAUAUCAUUAAGUAUAAAGGGUUGAUAUUUCUAAACAUUAAGGCUACCUGACACUGUGCCCAUUAAUUUUAAAGAGCAAUUGCAUAAGAUGAAAAUGAUGCAUUCAGACUUUAAAGAAAUAGUGAAAUUAAGAAAUCUGUGACCAGUGUGAGACAAGUGAUGUGAGAUAGGAUUAUCUCCAGUAUUUUAUUCAGAAUAGUCUUCUCAUAGAUGAGAAAAACAAAAUGAUCUUUUUGUCUUAUAUAGAAAAAAAUAUAGUAUUCUUUAACUGGUAACAGCAGAUGUUUUGUACACAAUCAUUUAAGUAAGAAAUUAUAACAUUUAUACCCCAUUUUUGAAGGGAGGGGUACAUUGUUUUGCACAUGUUAAGUUGAUCUGUGUCUGUAGACCUUUUGGUUUCUAUUCAACAGCUUGAGAAUGUUCAGACCUACUGUAGUCAAAUUAUAAAGAAUUAUUGCCUUGUGGUCAGUAGCGGACCCUGUUGGUUUGGGGAUCAGUAGGUUAAAGGCUAAGUCAUAAUAACGUUUAAAUUGAAAAAGGUUUCAGUUUAAUAAGUAAAGCAUGCUUUGUCCUGUUGUCAUCAGACUUUGUAGAAUAACUGUAUGUUGUCAGUAGAUGUCCCUAUUGUUUUGAAGGUCAGUAGGUCAAAGGUCAAGCGCCCAGUGAUCUUAAAACUUCAAACUGUUUCUGAUCAAUAUCUAGAGCACUUUUGGGCUAAUGGACAUCAAAUAUCUUAGGAUUAUUGCCUGUGGUCAGUAUAUGACCCCUGUUGUUUUGGGCAACAGUACUUUGAAGGUCAAAGUCAAAAUGAUCUUGAGAUUGAAAGCAGUUUCUGAUCAAUUACUGGAGAAUCCUUUGGCAUUUGGCCUUCAUACAUAAUAGGAUGAUUGCCUGUAGCGAGUAGGUAACCACGGUUGUUUUUGAGGUCAUUUGGUUGAAAGAAAAGGUCACUGCAUUCUUUACACUGAAAUUUACGUGCACAGUAACAUCUUGGACAGGCCGUCGUGGAGCAUGUUUGUUUUGCAAACUGUUGUUAAUUUGAAACUUGAAAAGAUGACAGUUUUUCAUCUCUCCUUUUUAAGAAGGAUAGUUAAACUUGAUGUUGAAAGCAAAGGCGUGAAAAACAGCACAAUUUUGACAUGACUGGAUUACGAUGCUGAUAACAAAAUUUCGUUAUUGACACAACUGUAUUUCAAAAUAGAUUUCAUAAUUGAAAAAAAAAUUGUUGAAGUUCAGAUCAUGUAAUACUUUCUUGUUAUUAAGUGACAGCAAAAUGGUAAAAUAAUACAGACAUACCAUAACUUAUUAACAUUUAUAAGUUAUGGAUUAUUUAUGCAUUGCGCCCCAUAUGGUUCUGGGACGAUCUGUGUAUGAAAAGAAUUGGAACCACUGCCUUACCCUUGCAUGAUCGUAAGAGGCGACUAAUAGGGUCUUAACACUUGGUUUUGCUGUAACUCUGUGAUUCCAGCAAGUAUGCAAAUUUUGAUUCCAUACCUCAUGUUUUUAUUUCGAUGUAAAUGAGAUGUGAAACCAAAAUUUGUAGUCCUGUUUGGCGCUAUAUAACCUAUACUGUGUUGGUGCGCCGCAAAACCCAAAUAAAUAAAUAAAUAAAUAUUUAUGCAUUGCUGAAAUUCUGUUUAUUGAUCUGCUUUUUUUCUGUAGAAUGUUAUAUAUAGUAAUUAUAUAUAUGUAUUAUGUAAAGAAUUUGUUUUUUAAAAUAAAGAUGUUGAAAAAUAUAUUCACUGUGAUACCCUAAGGGAUGUUUGUGUAGACUUGUUCUAGAAGUAUUUCUGCUUGUGUGGAUAAUUGGUGUCACGCUGUUUCUUCCUUAGCAGCCAUUGAAAAUAGAGACUGAUUCAGUUCAAUAGUUUGCAUGCAGCUCGUUUUUUAUACCCAUGUCAAUAUAUACUGCUUGUGUUGACUGGUUUUCAGGAUGUCACUGAAUUUUUUUGAAAGUUGGUUUUUACAUAUAUAGUGCUGUCUUUUAUGACUUAAAUGUUGUAGGUCACCUGAUAGUUUACGCAAGUUGAAGUUAUUUACAAACAUUUUGAUGUUGUUUGUCAUGUUAUAUGCUCACAUAUUAGAUAUGUAUGAAAUGUAUUAUUCCUUAGUACAAAUAAACGUAAAAUUUU